GCUGUAUAAAUAUAUUUGAAUUGAUCUGAUUUGAAGAUACAAAUAUGGAUUUAUUGCAAAUAAGCUAACACAAAAGUGUUCACAUGUGAAUAUAUUCUGAAAUGGCAGUUUGCGAGCUGGAAAACAAGAAUUGACUAUAUAAGACGUAAGGUGGAAUAUUGUAUCUUUCUCAUAUUGUUCUAGUGUAUUAAUCUUUAAUGACUUGAAUUUUAUGUAGCUGUCAUUUCUCCCAGCAGAUAUCCCCUUGUUCAGCCAUUUUUGGCCACUAGGGGUCAGGAGAGACAAACCCACAGUUUGAUACAUUAGCUUUAAACUCGACAGCAAAAAACUGCCCGGGCAACUUACACAUCUAGUGGAAACAGGCUAAGAGUGUCACCUCCUUAAAGGUCUUCUCUCUGUCCGACAGAGGAAGAGUUGUGUCAGUGUUUCAACAUAGAUGUAAAGCAUCCGCGGAUCUUCACUGGUCCAGAGGAUGCUCUGUUUGGCUUCUCUGUUUUACAACAUGAAUCAGACGGAGAAAAAUCAAUGCUGGUUGGUGCUCCCUGGGACGGGCCACCAAACAACAGGAGAGGAGACGUGUACAAAUGUAUUGUGGGAGAGGAGAGGAACUCAAAUUGCAGCAAAGUGAAUUUAGGUGAGACUGCUCUCCAGAACGUUUCAAAGAACCUGAGGAACUCUCACCUGGGAAUGACGUUGACUCCAGACUCACCUGAUGGAUUCCUGGCGUGUGCCCCUCUUUGGUCUCAAGAGUGUGGUACAUCUAUGUUCAGCACCGGCAUCUGUGCCUCUGUCAGCGAUGACCUAGAACCAAGAGAGACCAUCGCGCCAACAGCGCAAAGGUGCUCGACAUACAUGGACAUUGUGAUUGUGCUGGAUGGCUCCAACAGUAUCUACCCCUGGUACGAGGUCCAGAAUUUCCUCAGCAACAUCCUCAGCAAGUUCCACAUCAGCUCGGACCAGAUGCAGGUUGGUGUACUGCAGUAUGGUGAGGUAGCAGUCCAUGAGUGGUCUCUGAAGGACUACCAGACCACACAGCAGGUGGUGGAGGCUGCCAAGAACAUCAGCAGACAGGAGGGACGGGAGACGCGCACUGCAUAUGCCAUCCACAUGGCCUGCACGGAGGCAUUCAGUGCUGAGCGUGGAGCCAGGGACAGCGCCACCAAGGUGAUGAUUGUAGUGACGGACGGAGAGUCGCAUGACGGGGAGGAGCUACCAGAGGCUCUGGAGGAGUGCGAGAGCAGAAACAUCACCAGAUAUGCGAUCGCUGUUCUGGGUCAUUACAUCCGCCGGCAGCAGGACCCUGAGACAUUCAUAAAUGAGAUAAAGUAUAUCGCCAGCGACCCUGACGACAAAUACUUUUUCAAUGUGACUGACGAAGCUGCGCUCAAUGACAUUGUGGACGCCCUAGGAGAUCGUAUCUUCACUCUGGAAGGCACGCUGGGCUACAACCAGAGCUCGUUCCACAUGGAGAUGUCUCAGAUUGGCUUCUCCACACACACACUGGAUGAUGGCAUACUCUUUGGAAUGGUGGGCGCCUAUGACUGGGAUGGCGGUGUGUUGAAGGAAGGGACCAACGGACGCAUCAUGCCGCCCAGAGAAGCUUUUGAAAGCGAGUUUCCGCUGGAGCUCAAAAAUCACGCUGCUUAUUUAGGUUACACAGUGUCAUCUGUGAUAGUUGGUGACUGGAAGAGGCUGUACUUAGCUGGCGCUCCUCGGUUUAAACACAAAGGCAAAGUCAUCCUGUUUGAACUCAGUGAUGAGGGUGAUGUCAACAUCGUACAGGCUCUCAAUGGAGAACAGAUUGGAUCUUACUAUGGCAGUGAGGUGUGUGGGCUGGAUAUCGACAAGGAUGGCAUCACAGAUGUCCUCCUGGUUGCAGCGCCAAUGUUCCUCGGCUCAGGAAACAAGGAGGCUGGUAGAGUCUACAUCUACACCCUCAGUGGGGAGGAGGUGUUUGUAUCUAAUGGCACUCUGAAGUCUGAUGAAAAGUCCCAGGAUGCCAGGUUUGGUUAUGCACUGGCAGCCACUCCAGACCUCAACCAUGAUGGCUUCACAGACCUGCUGGUGGGAGCUCCGCUAGAGGACGAACACAAGGGGGCUAUCUAUGUUUACCACGGUGAUGGUAUUUACAUCACCCACAAUUACAAGCAGCGUAUUCCAGGGUCAUCAGUCUCCCCCUCCCUGCAGUAUUUUGGCCGAAGCUUGAGUGCUCGGUUGGACUUGGAUGGAGAUGAGCUGAUAGACUUGGCAGUGGGAGCACAGGGCAGUGCUGUGAUGCUCAGCUCUCGAAGCAUAGUCCAGAUCAAUGUGAGUCUGUCCUUCCAGCCGCACUCGAUUAAUGUCAUCCAGAAGACCUGCCAGAGGGGCAGCAGGGAAUCAGCCUGUCUCAAUGCCACCGCCUGUUUCAGCACUGUCUCCCGCUCCCCCGGACCCCACAGCAAUAGCUUUGAUCUGUGGGUGUCGGCCAUGUUGGACGACAGGAAGUUGUCUGCGCGGGCACUGUUUGAUGACAGCUCCCACCGACAGACCCAGCUGGCAGUGCAGGUUCACACAGGAAAAACUCUCUGCUACAACCUGCCUUUCCAUGUCUAUGACACAGCUGAUUACAUCCGUCCAAUUAGCUUCUCGCUGCGUUUUAAGAUCAACGAUACAGAGAGUGGCCCAGUGUUGGAUGAAGGCUGGCCAACAACUGUCAAGAAAUCUAUCCAGUUCUUUAAAGACUGUGGUGAGGAUGAUGUGUGUACAACAGACCUGGUGCUUCAGGCUCAUAUGGACAUCUCUGGGACAAGACAGAAGCCUUAUGUGAUUCGCAGCCCUCGUAGGCGUCUGGCGGUGGAGGUGCAGCUUCAGAACAGACUGGAAAACGCCUACAACACCAGCCUGACGUUGCACUAUUCCCGCAACCUCCACUUCUCUAGCCUCAGCAUUCGGGAGGAUACCCACUUUAAGAUUGAGUGUACAGCACUUGGUGCCAACAGCCACUCAUGUAACGUCAGCUAUCCAGUAUUUCGCUCCCAGUCAAAAGUUAACUUCAUGUUGGAGUUUGAGUUCAGCUGCACAUCUCUGCACAACCGAGUUCAGAUGAAACUACAUGCUGCCAGUGACAGUGUCGAAAGAGAAGAUACUUUGGGGGACAACAGUGUUCAGCUGCAGAGUUUUGUUCAGUAUGAACCGGACGUGUUUGUUAGCAGUGACUCUAAUCUGAAUCGAUAUGAGGUUCACCCCACUCGUACAGUAUCAGAGGCAAUUGGACCAGAGUUCUACACACACCUCAGGCUGCAGAACCUUGGCUGUUACUCUGUGAGUAAUCUGCGGCUCAGGCUACAUCUGCCCUCUGUGGCUGCGGGAGACAGAGUCUUUAUGACUGUCACAGAGGUCUUUUCAUACAACGCCACAGGAGUGAACUGCAGAUAUGUGUCCCAUCUGGCCAUGCUGAAGGACAGACAGAGAGAUGUCCGCCCCCUUCAUCCUGAAGACAUGAUGCAGAAUGACGUACUGAACUGCAGCAGGUCAUGGUGCACCGAGGUCGUCUGUGAAGUUGAGCAGCUUCUGAGAGGGCAGGCUGCAGUCAUUCGUGUCAGCCGCAGAGUUCAUGAUGAUUUUUUCAGAAAAGCCAAAUAUAAGUCAGUGAGGAUAAUAGGCGCCUAUCAACUUGCACCUCAGGAGACUAACCUCAUCACACUCGGCACAGGAACAGUCUGGAGGGAGACUGUACUGGAGGUACUAAAGGGCCGAGCUAUUCCCAUUUCGCUGUGGAUUCUGAUUGGCAGCAUCAUUGGAGGCUUGCUGCUUCUGGCCCUUAUCAUUUUCAUACUAUGGAAGCUGGGUUUCUUCACACGCAAACAGAGAGGAGAGGAUGAGAACCAUGAGGACUGAGCCAAACUUUUGCAGCCAUGAUGACAACAGUCAUUCACCAUGACGACUACCAGGUGCAGAGUUAGUCCUGGGCUGCGGUCAAAUAGUCAAAAACCCUCCAUUCUGUCUUUUCUUCAACGGUUUUCCUUGACCUCAAAGGAAAGUGUGAUGGUCAAGGAAAGAUGUGAAGAAAGAUACGUAAGGAAAGAGGGAGGAAUUGUGGUCCAGCAUUGCUAUAUUUCCUUUCCUUAAGGAUAGUCCAGUGUAUCAAAUGCUAAAUGAGAUGAGAAAGGAAGCACCGAAGCACCUUUCUUAGCAUUAGGAGGAUUCAGCCAGCACUUAAUAUUGCUGCCACUUAUUUCAGGUUUCACUCUGUAUUUCACUCAGUCAGGAUGCUUCUUAAAAAGAGACUAUUUGAUCGCAGCCCUGGGAUUUGACUCAACACACAGAGUCAAUAGGGACCUCCAGGACCAAAGAGAACAUUUGAGGGUCCAACAGAAAUGCACUACCCACUAUUUCCAGGGUCGGGAGCACUUAUGUAAAUAAUCUUUUUCUAUUUCUAAGGAGAAAAAAAACAAAGUGUAUUAAACCACAAUGCUUUUAUUUAAUAUACAGAUUUCUUUAUGGUUUUACAUUUCCAACGAUCACUUUGUUCAGUGUUUGUCUUACAGGUUUGUGUUUGUUCUUUAAUGAAAUUAAAACUGUUGAAAAGAA